AUGAGUGCUAUGAUAGUUCCAAGAAGACGGUCGCUUAUAUUUAGAUUACUGCUUUUGAUAUCAGCAGUUUGGUUAUGUGCUAUAAUGUAUUUUUCCAUUUCUACAAAAGUAUCAGACAAGGUCCCUUCUGUGAGGCAUUCUAGAGUUGAAUUACCAAAAAUACAUAAAUUAGAAGGGUUCGGUCCUCCUGUGGUAAUGAAACCUGCCAUUGAUGUCGAGGAGAAAUUUCCCGAUGAAGAUUUCGAUGUGAGGAUUGAAAAGGGGAAUAUUCCUAAGCCAAACAAAGCUCUAUUCAAUCCAGAUUCUCCAAUCUACAAAUCGGGUGAUGAAAACCAGCCGGGUGAAGGUGGGAAGGCAGUGGUAAUCGAUAGAAAUAAACUGAGUCUAGAUGAAAGAAAAAUUUAUGAUGACGGAUUCACCAAGAAUGCUUUUAAUCAAUACAUCUCAGAUAUGAUUUCGAUACACAGGAGUCUGCCUAGCUAUAUUGACGAAGAAUGUAAAAACGAAAAAUACACAAGCGACCUUCCAAACACCUCGGUUAUUAUAUGUUUUCAUAACGAAGCUUGGUCAGUUUUACUCCGAACCGUACAUAGUGUACUUGAAAGGACACCGGAAAACUUACUUGCUGAACUUAUCUUGGUUGAUGAUUUUUCGGACAUGGCACAUCUCAAGGCAGAUUUGGAAAUUUAUAUGCAGCAAUUUCCGAAAGUUCGUAUUUUGCGCCUGGAAAAACGCGAAGGUUUAAUAAGAGCUCGCAUAAGAGGAGCUGCUAUUUCAAAAGGCUCUGUGAUCACAUAUCUCGAUUCUCAUUGCGAAUGUUUGGAAGGUUGGGUAGAACCUCUUUUGGACCGAAUCAAAAGGAAUCCGAAAACAGUGGUAUGCCCUGUUAUUGAUGUGAUUGAUGAUAACACCUUUGAGUACCACUACUCGAAGGCUUACUUCACGAAUGUGGGUGGUUUCGAUUGGUCAUUACAGUUUAAUUGGCAUGCCAUUCCUGAGAAGGACCGUAAAGGUAGAAGGGACAUUGAUCCCGUCAAGUCUCCAACUAUGGCCGGUGGCCUUUUUUCCAUCGACCGUACUUUUUUUGAAGAAUUAGGUUCAUAUGACCCUGGUCUCGAUAUUUGGGGUGGGGAAAAUUUGGAACUUUCAUUCAAAAUAUGGAUGUGUGGUGGAAUACUAGAAAUUGUUCCAUGUAGUCAUGUUGGUCAUAUAUUUCGCAAACGAUCACCUUAUAAAUGGCGUUCUGGUGUGAAUGUUUUGAAGAGAAAUUCUGUUCGGUUAGCUGAGGUAUGGAUGGACGAAUACAAGAAGUACUACUACGAAAGAAUUAAUAACAACCUGGGUGAUUUUGGUGAUGUAAGCAGCAGGAAGGCACUACGUAAGAAACUACAAUGCAAAUCUUUCAAGUGGUAUUUGGAUAAUGUGUAUCCAGAAUUAUUUGUUCCAGGAGAUGCCAUUGGAAAGGGAGAGAUUCGUAAUAAAGGCGAAGUGGCAGGGGAUGUUGUCCAACACUGCCUGGAUAGUGAGGUGGGCGAAGAUAUUCAGAAAGUCGUGAUUGCGUAUCCAUGUCACAAAAGUGGUGGUAACCAGAUUCGCAACAGAGGAGGCAGAUCGAAGAAUUGUUUAGAUUGGGCAUCACACGGAAGGCAAAGAUCGGCAAAUGUGGGUCUGUACUGGUGUCAUAAAAAGGGCGGUAAUCAGUAUUGGAUGCUAAGUAAGGAUGGUGAAAUACGGAGAGAUGAGUCAUGUAUUGACUAUGCUGGUGCCGAUGUUAUGGUUUAUCCUUGUCAUGGAAUGAAAGGUAAUCAAGAAUGGAAAUAUCUUCCUGAUGAAAGUCAAAUUCUUCAUGUCAUUACGAGCAAAUGUUUGGAAAUGUCGAGAGAUGGUAGCAAAUUAAUGAUGAAUGUUUGUGAUCAAGCAAAUCCAUAUCAGCAUUGGUUGAUUCAAGAAUUCAAUCGAACAUUAGCUAGACAGUACAAAUUAUUGUAA